CAGCGUUUUGAAUCGGAACAUAGCGCUCGGAGCUUCUGGAUCCAAAUUCCAAUCAACCGUACUCUGAAUCAAUCGAUGGAAAACAGUCUUCCAGCCAAGAAUCGGUCAAAGGAGGACCAGGAUUUACUCGAAAGGAGCACAAAGAAAUCGAAGGUUACCGUAGAGAUAGAGGAACAAGUAGCCAUGGAAGGGGUUGAAGGUCAGGAGGCCGAAUAUGGGACUAGAGAGGAAACUCCAGCUCAGACCCUGCACGACACAACUCGGGAGAUCUCUCCGCCCACGAACUCAAAACUAGAGCGCCCAGAACCCAUUUCAUACCGAGCCAUGCUAAUAGGUGAUGUACCAGAAAUGCAACCAGAUUUGCCUGAGGAGGAUCUGGCUUCCGAUGAUGAGGAAGAAGACAAAGAGCGGGAGGAUGAUCCAGAAUGCCCUGCCAUCCUGCUCUCUAGAGAGGAAAAGGCCAGACUUCGUAAACCUUGGAGACAGAGUUUGAUAGUUAAGGUAAUGGGUAGAAAGGUUGGAUAUGCUUAUCUAUUGAGGAGGCUUAACACAAUCUGGCACCCUAAAUGUCGAAUGGAACUCAUUACUUUGGAAAAUGACUAUUAUCUUGUUAAAUUUGGAUCUGUUACAGACUAUGAGUUUGCUAAGUAUGGAGAAUCAUGUCAAUUAAAGUCAUUAAACCAUGCUGAAAUAGCAGCUGAAGGAGGGAGUACUAAUGAGGGGAAUAGAAAUGCCGAGCACGGAACUGACCAGGCAUGCAUUGAAAAUGCGAGGAAAGUAACUGUGGAGAUUCGCCCGGAGAUCACGGAAGCAUAUGGACCUUGGAUGAUAGCUACUAAAAGUUCUAGGAGACCCAUGAACCAUGGAAGAAAUGAGUUAACUAAGAAAAAUGCUGACCAAGGCAAAUCUGGCAGAGCACUUGAAGGAAAAGGGAAACAGAAGAAUCCUCCAGGAUCCAGGUUUCAAUUACUUGAUGAAGAAUGGGCUGGGGAAGGAAAUAGCAAUGACGAGGCAGAUGGUGAAGAGGUUACAAAAGAGGGUUUCUUUAUUGGGCAAGCAGAGCAAACUAAAAACAGAGGUAAGAGGCCUGUGGUGCAAAUAACUGAGAAACAGAUUAUGGGUCAAGCAAACAGAAAGAGUGUUAAAAUUAAUGAGCCAGCGGAGUCUAGUAGGAAAAGAGAAACAACAGAGAAUGCCUUAAGAAAACAAAAAGUGAAUAAAGCCGCUGAGAAUGAUGAGCACACCGUUGUACAGGUGUCACAACAUGGAGCAGUUGUGACUAAAAAAGUGGUUAAUAAUAAUCCUAGACACAUUGGAUUACAUGGGAUUAAAGAGCUAGGGCUGGAGGAACACCAUAGUGAUCCUCCUCUAGAUGAGUGUGCAUAUAUAGAAGAACAGAGUGCAGCAUCUAAAGAGUUUAUUAGGGCUGCACGCUUCUUGAUUAAUACACAUAGGCCAAAACUUGCACUUCUGGAAACCAAAAUGUCCGGUGAAGGAGCUGACAGGUGUUCGAUGGAAUCUGGCCAUCGUCUAUGCAACCCAGAUAUUCAACUUAGGAAGCGAUUAUGGUCCACAUUGAAGGCUGAUCUUAUUGGCAUGCAUGAUGCUUGGAUUGCUGCAGGCGAUUUCAAUGCAGUUACAUGUGAAAAUGAAGUGAGCAACCCAGAAGCUUUCUUUAGCCGACGAUGUAACGGCCUCAACGAUUGGAUGUUUGAACAACACCUAUUUGAUCCUGGGUAUGUUGGAUGUCGGUUCACCUGGAUGCGAGGCAUGCACGAAGACACAUUCAAGGGGGCACGACUUGACAGAGCUGUUUGCACCACAGACUUCUUGAAUUUAUUCCCGAACCUUCAGAUUUUGGAUGUCGCUGGGUACCAAAAAGCUGAUAAUUUGGGAAGGUACUUGGGAGUCCCUUCCAUCCAUGGCAGGGUCAGUCCUAAUCUCUUCAAAUCAAUGCUGGAUCGUAUGAACCAAAGACUUGAGGGAUGGAAAUCGAAAGACCUUUCAUUUGCUGGUAGACAGGUAUUGGCUCUUUCUGUUUUAAAUACUAUUCCCUAUUAUGCUAUGCAAUCAACCCUCCUUCCUGGAGGAGUCUGUGCCAUGAUUGACAGGAAAAUCAGAAGCUUUAUUCGGGGAAGCUCUGAAGACAAAAAACACAUGCAUCUUGUUAAAUGGGAUAUAGUUACACAACCAAAGAAGAGAGGUGGACUUGGUAUUAGACGAAGCAUGGAUAUGAAUAUCAGUUUCAUAGCAAAACUUGGGUGGAAGAUCCAAACAGAACCUAAUCAACUUUGGGUGAAGGUUUUGAUGGCCAAGUAUGCUAAUGGAGAAGAAGGGAUUCAUAACAUAAAACCAAAGGCAGGAGCCUCUAAUGUCUGGAGGGGUUUGGUUAAGGCAAAGCAGGUUCUCCAAAGAGGCAUUAGUAUGCAGAUUGGUAAUGGGCAAAAGACAUUAUUUUGGCACGAUAGGUGGAUAGAUCAGACUUCUUUAAAAGAUCAAGUGCCUUUAGAUAGGCAGGUCCACAUUAAUGAAGGCAAGGUCGCAAGCAUGUGGAUACCAGGAGUCGGGUGGAAUUGGGAGCGAAUUGGGGACCUGCCCGACGACCUUAAGAAUAAACUAACCUGCUGUUAUAUUACAGAUGAUGAAGAUGAAUGUUACUGGCAACCUAGUGCGACAGGUAAGUUUUCAGUGUCUUCAGCAUAUGAACUUACUAAUAUAGAUGGUUUAGAUAUGCAGUAUACAGGGUGGGUUAAAAUUUGGAAACUUAAAAUUCCAAAUCGAAUACGGGCAUUUCUUUGGCUUGCAAGACAUGAAAGACUUGCAUGUAAUGCAGAGCGCUAUAGAAGGCAUCUUGCUGAAGCAGAUACAUGUCCUUCAUGUGUGGACAAAUCUGAGUCGGUGGAGCAUAUCAUCCGUGACUGCCCGAAUAUUAAGAGAAUAUGGAACAAAUUGCUAGGCACAAGCAUAGUGCAGGGGCUUUCAAAUCAUAAUUUUAGACAAUGGAUGGAUGAUCAAGUUGCAGGGAAAGGUAGAACCCCCUAUGCCCAUGAGUGGCCAGUGAUCUUUGCUACCACAUGUUGGGGGGCGUGGAGGUGGCGGAACGAUUAUGUUUUUAAGGACAUGGAGUAUGAUGUUAAUGAAAAACUCACAUGGAUUUUUAACCAAAAAGAUGAUAUCUUGAGAGCUUUUCAUAUUCAGAGUAUUAUUGACAACUCACAAGAGGAAGAAUGCAUGAUACAAGUUCGUUGGCAGAAACCAGACAAUGACACUUUCUGUUUGAAUGUGGAUGGGAGUGUUGAUGGUACAUGCGCAGGCUGUGGAGGAGUGCUUCGAGGACAUGAUGGAAACUGGAUAGGAGGCUUUAUGUGCUCAUGUAAUACUAAGCAUCCAACAGUUGCCGAAGCAUGGGCUGUGCUGCAGGGGCUAAAGUGGGCAUGGAAGAAAGGUUUGCGAAAGCUGAUUGUCCAAUGUGAUUCUUUAGAGUGUGUUGAAUGGAUUCAUGGUAGACACACUACAAGAGGUCCGGCACGCGAAGUGAUUGAGGCAUGUCAGAGUUGGAUGGGAAGAGAUUGGAAUGUUACCAUCUGUCAUAUUCUAAGGGGUCAGAACAAAGUCGCAGACUUACUUGCCAGAAUGGGAAAAGACAGAGCAUUAAUUUGGAGAGAGUUAGAGUUCCCACCGAAUGGUGCACGUCAAUUGCUAGAGGAGGAUAAGCUGGGGUACUAUUGGCCUAGGCGUGUGACAGUGAGGAACCUUUCUUGAGGUUCUGAGGUUGUUACCUCUCCAGUUCGAUUAAAAAAAAUUAAGGGAGGCCCAAAAGAAGAAAAAACAUGAAGCAAAAAGAAUCCGCUGCCGGGCUUCGAACCCGGAUAAGAUUCUAUUCUUUCAAUCAAUUAGCCAGUGCUACAGCGGACUGGUGGUGAGAGAUCCCUUCUCUUUACAUUAUUUCAACUGGUAGAUAUUCCAUUCGAGUUUGCUUGUUAGAUGUUUCAAUUACAUAUACGUAUUCCUUCCUAUAUGUAAGGCUAUCUAAAAGAAAGAUGAUGUGUUUUU